AUGCGGCGCGGCGGCGGGACGCCUUGGGCAGGAGGAGGAGGAGGUGGAGGCGGCACUGGAGGAGGAGGAGGAGGGUACCGCCGCGGCGGGAUCAACUUCAAGAGCGGCUGGGACGUCGUCAACCUCUGCCUCGUGCUCUUCGCCAUCCUCUGCGGCCUCCUUGGCCGCAGCGGCAGCGGCGGCGACGGGGACUCCUCUUAUUCCGCCGCGAAUUCCGCACCGGUGGCCAGGGAUGAUCAUCGGCUGGGGUCCUCGGCGCAUGCGGCGGAGGCGGAGGCCGUCACGGCGGCGACUACUACGAGCUCAGGGGAGUGGGACGGCUACGACGACUCCAUGUCCGCCAUCUACGCCAGCCUGUCCCGCACCAACCACGCCAACGCCUCGGGGAUCCGCCGGAUGAAGAGCAGCAGCUCCUACCCGGAGCUGCGCCUUGGCAGCGACGGCGUCUGGGCGCUCGCGUCCCCGGAGGCCGCCUGGCGCUUCUACGACGACGCCGAGCUGUACCGGGCACGCCGCCCGGAGCGCCAGGAGCGGACCUGGGACGUCGACCCGCACGGGGGGACGACGACGACCACGACGGAGGUCAAGAUCAUCCCCGUCGACACCUUCGUCGAGCGCGGCCGGACAGAGCAGCCUCGGGAGCCGCGGAGGCGGAGGAGGAGCGUCGAGAGGCUCCCCAGGAUGGCCGAGGUGGACGAGGAGAGGCCGCCGCAACAACAGCAACAGAGGGGGGAGGCGCUGGCAACGCCGAGGCUCAGGAGGUGGAACUCCGAGAUGGUUGACGUGAUGCCGGAACAGCAGGCGCCGGUGGCGCCGUCGAGGAGCAGGAGGUGGGACUCGGAGGUGGUGCGCGCCAUGCCGGAGCAGGAGGCGCCGGUAGCGCCGGCGAGGCUCAGGAGGUGGAACUCGGAGUCGUUGGAUAGCAUACUGGAGCAGGAGGCGAGAGUGGCGCCGGCGAGGAGCAUGAGGUGGGACUCGGAGGUGUUGGACGUCUUGCCGGAACAGGGGGCAGCGGUUGCGCCGGCGAGGCUCAGGAGGUGGAACUCAGAAUCGUUGGAUAUGAUACUGGAGCAGGAAGCGAGAGUGGCGCCCGCGAGGAGCAGGAGGUGGACCUCGGAGGCGGUGGACGUGAUAACGGAGCGGGAGGCGGCGGUGGCGCCGGCAAGGAGCAGGAGGUGGAACCCAGACGCAGUGGAUGUAAUACCGGAGCAGGAAGCGCCGGUGGCCCCGUCGAGGAGCAGGAGGUGGAGCUCGGAGGCGGUGGACGUGGUCCCGGAGCAGGAAGCGCCGGUGGUGAUGGCUGCUGCUGCUCCACCACCUCCGCCUCCGCCGCCGGCGCCUCCUCGACGGCGACGGCACAGCGUCGAGACACUGCCGAGACCAGAGGAACUGGAGCAAGAGAUAGUAGUGGAAGAGGUGAGGAACCCGAUGCCGCCGCCAUCGCCGGCCAUGUUCCCGCCUGGAACGCCACCCCCACCGCCCCCUCUUCCGCCUCCCUCGACGGUGUCGCGCAGCAAGAAGAAGCGCAGCGGCAGCGUGGGCGGCGCCAAGGAGCUAGCGUCCGCCAUUGCUACGUUCUACCAGAAGAAGCGCAAGAGCAUCACCAUGAAGGCCAAGAGGAGGCCCCAUCACCACCACCAUUCCGAUGGCCACUACUCGUCGCCGUCGUCAGAUGCGUCGGCGAGCCCGGACUCCACUGCUCGCACCACCACCAGCGCCCCUCCGCGGCCGCCGCCUCCACCACCGCCCCCUCCCCCGCCACCGCCUUCCUCCAUCUUCUCCAAUCUCUUCAAGAAGGGCAGUAAGAGCCGCCGCACCCACUCCGUGGCGCCACCGCAGCCGCCACCCCCGCCUCCACCCACUCGCCGGUCUAAGAAACCGCCACCGCCUCCGUCUCGCCCCGCGCCUCCAGCACCACCGCCACCACCAGUCAGGACACGGCCGCCACGCGCCCACGUGCAGGCGCCCACGCACACGCACACGCAGCAGCCGCCAUUGUACCCGAGGCGCGUCUACUACACCUACUACCCGCUCCCACCGCCGUCCCCACCGCUACCUCCUCCUCCGCCGCCGCCGCCGCCACCGCUGGUAUCAGAGGGCGAGGAUGACUCCCCUUCAGUCACGGCGUCGCCGGCGCCGGCCUACUGCGCGAGCCCCGACGUGAACACGAAGGCGGACAGGUUCAUCGAGAGCUUCCGCGAGGGGCUGAAGCUGGAGAAGCUCAACUCGUACCGGGAGAAGUGGCAGCGGCAGAUCCAAGAGAACGCCGCCGUGGAGAUCGAGGAGGAGGGGGAGUUCAUGGUGAUCGGGUCCCUCUUCGGCGACGACGACGAAGACGAAGAUGACGGCAUCUCGUUGCCGCAGACGCCGGCGACUGCCGCCGUCGCCAUCGGAUUCUAA